GCCUCCUCCUCUUUCUUCCUCUUGGUGCUCGAUCGGAGCAAAGCUCUGCAGCCAGCCAGCCAGCCAGCAGCUCGCAUCCAUCCGCGUCGCCAAUGCCAUCUCUCAUCGACGGCCCGGCCUCACUACGGUCGCUCCUCCGGCCGUCCUCCGAUGGGCGGCGCACGAAGCUCGCCGGUGGUGGUGGCGGGGGCGACGGCGGCGGCAUGGGCGGCAUCUUCAAGAUGUUCAAGCUGCUGCCGAUGCUCACCACGGGGUGCAAGAUGGCGGCGCUGCUCGGGCGGCACAACGGCAGGGCCCUCCUCGCCGACCACGCGCCGACGGUGACGCUGUUCGGGCACCGGCGCGGGCGGCUGAGCCUCGCCAUCCACGAGGACACGCGCGCGCCGCCGGCGUUCCUCAUCGAGCUGCCCAUGCUGGCGAGCGCGCUGCACAGGGAGAUGGCCACGGGCACCGUGAAGCUGGCGCUGGAGAGCGACACCCGCAGCGCGCGGCGGCGGCUGCUGGAGGAGUACGUCUGGGCCGUGUUCUGCAACGGCCGCAAGGCCGGCUACGCCAUCCGCCGGAAGGACGCGUCCGACGACGAGCGCCACGUCCUGCGCCUGCUGCGCGGCGUGUCCAUGGGCGCCGGGGUGCUCCCGCCGCCGCCCGCCGACAGGGAGGGCGCCACGCCGUCCGCCGGCCCCGACGGCGAGCUCACCUACAUGCGCGCCCGCGUCGAGCGCGUCGUCGGGUCCAAGGACUCCGAGGCGUUCUACAUGAUCAACCCCGACGACGGCAGCGACAAUGGCGGCGCCGGCCGCGACCGCGAGCUCGCGCCGGAGCUGAGCAUUUUCCUAGUGAGGAAGAAAUGAGAAAAAUACUUAUUUAUACAUACUAUAUACUGUUCUCUUGUGAAUACAAUUAUCUACUACAAGUAUACACAUAUAUGAACUAUAUAUUAAUCUGCUUGUAGUUGUAAUCAACCGUUUCAAUUUUUAUCUCGCUUCUCAUGGCGAUGACUCCAUGAUCAGUGACUACGUAUUAGUUUCUGUAGUACUCAUCGACAUGAAAAUAGUAAGUAAAG